GCUCCAGGCCCGGCCUGUCCCGGGCGCCUGUCCUGCUCCCCGCUGCUGCCAUGAACAUGCCCCAGUCCUUCGGUGCCUUGGUCAGCCUGUCACUGGGGGAGAUCCCACCCCCCGCAGCACCGAACGGCACCCAGUUGCCUCCAGCCAUGCUGCCCCCUGGCGAGCGCUGCUGGCCCAUCCGGCCCACACUGCGCAACGAGCUGGACACCUUUUCUGUCCACUUCUACAUCUUCUUCGGGCCCAACGUCUCAGUGCCGCCUGACCGGCCCGCGGUCUUCAGCAUCAGCCUGCUGCCGGUGCUGGACAGCGGGGGGGUGCUCAACCUGGAGCUCAAACUCAAUGUGUCGUCCCUGCGGAGGGAGAACGUGACAGUCUUUGGGUGUCUGACCCACGGGGUCCCACUGAUGGCAGGAGACAACGCGUCUGUCACCUGCGAGGCAGGGUCCCUGGCUGGAUUCCUGCUGUCUGCCAACAGCACGGCCAGCCUGGCCCGCGUACGGAUCCCCUACCCUCAGACGGGCAGCUGGUACCUGAGCCUGCGCUCGCUCUGUGCCACGGAGCAUGG